UCGCUUCUUAUAUUCAUGUCAAAACUUAAAAGAGUUUCAAGUUUGGUCUCAUAUCAAGAUUACAAAAGAUGGCAGAAAGGGUAGAAGCAUCUGUUACAGAUGGAGAAAGCACGAUCGAAGAAAGAGACAGAGAACUUAUGAGGGAAUUUGAGGAGGGACUCGAUCAACCCAUGGACGAAGAAGCUGACAUGCUCAAGGACAUGCACGGAGAAAAAAGCUUUUCGAUGUUGAUGCUACUGAGACUAUCAUUCCAAAGUCUAGGGAUAGUUUAUGGCGAUCUAGGGACUUCUCCAUUGUAUGUGUUCUACAAUACAUUCCCUGAUGGAAUUGAUGAUAGUGAAGAUGUAAUCGGAGCUCUUUCUUUGAUCAUUUACUCUCUUCUGCUUAUACCUCUCAUAAAGUAUGUGUUCAUUGUCUGCAAAGCUAAUGAUAAUGGUCAAGGUGGGACUUUAGCUAUAUACUCAUUGCUUUGUAGACAUGGUAACGUGAAUCUCAUCCCGAAUCAACAACGCAGCGACGAGGAUCUCACGACUUAUAGUCGAACUUCAGUCGCUGAAGGAUCUUUUGCUGCUAAAACAAAGAAGUGGUUGGAGAGUAGACAUUCCAAGAAGAGAGCACUUCUUGUCAUUGUUCUUAUAGGGACGUGUAUGAUGAUAGGUGAUGGUAUCUUAACCCCAGCCAUCUCCGUUCUUUCAGCCACUGGUGGGAUCAGAGUCAACAAUCCAAAGAUGAGCAGCGACAUCGUUGUGCUUGUGUCUGUCAUCCUUUUAAUUGGACUGUUCAGUAUGCAACACUAUGGUACGGACAAGGUGGGGUGGCUCUUUGCGCCUAUCGUUCUUAUUUGGUUCCUCUUCAUUGGAACCACUGGCAUAUACAACAUCUGCAAACACGAUACAAGCGUUUUAAAAGCGUUUUCGCCAAAAUAUAUAUACUUGUACUUCAAAAGAAGAGGGCGAGAUGGUUGGAUUUCGCUUGGUGGCAUUCUUCUCAGCAUAACAGGCACGGAGGCACUAUUCGCGGACAUUUCUUAUUUCCCUUUACAAGCGAUACAGCUAGCUUUUACACUUUUUGUAUUCCCUUGUCUUCUUCUAGCAUACUGCGGACAAGCUGCGUUUCUUGUGAACCACAAGGAACAUUAUAAAGACGCCUUCUAUGCAUCUAUCCCUGAAAGCGUAUAUUGGCCGAUGUUAAUAGUGGCGACCGGAGCUGCAAUCGUUGGGAGCCAAGCUACCAUCUCAGGGACUUAUUCGAUAAUCAAACAGGCCGUGUCUCAUGGAUGUUUCCCUCGAGUUAAAAUUGUUCACACUUCCAAGAAGUUCCUAGGUCAGAUCUAUUGCCCUGAUAUUAACUGGAUACUCAUGAUUGGUUGCAUCACCGUCACUGCUAGUUUCAAGAACCAGACCGAGAUCGGAAAUGCAUACGGAACUGCGGUUGUGGUCGUGAUGCUUGUGACUACAUUACUGAUGGUGCUGACCAUGCUUCUCGUGUGGCGGCGCCACUGGAUCUUUGUCCUUGUAUUCGCCAUUCUCUCCCUCGUGGUGGAAUUGUCGUACUUCUCGGCUGUGAUCUUAAAGGUCAAUGAAGGAGGAUGGGUUCCGCUCAUGAUAGCAGCCAUCUCCCUUCUGGUAAUGUUUGUUUGGAAUUACGUAACAGUCAAGAAGUAUGAGUUUGAAGUGCACAGUAGAGUUUCCAUGAGUUGGAUCCUCGGUCUCGGUCCCAGCCUUGGGCUUGUACGUGUCCCCGGGAUCGGGUUGAUCCACUCGGAACUAGCGAGUGGUGUCCCUCGCAUCUUCUCUCAUUUUAUCACUAACCUCCCCGCGAUUCACUCCGUCGUAGUGUUUGUAUGCGUCAAGAACCUCCCGGUAUACACUGUCCCUGAAGAAGAGAGGUUUCUUGUGAAGAGAAUCGGACCAAAGACAUUCCGAAUGUUCCGCUGCGUAGCCAGGUAUGGUUACAAAGAUCUACACAGGAAAGACGACGAUUUUGAAAACAAACUGUUCGAUAAUCUCUUCUCGUUCGUCCAAACCGAAACAAUGAUGGAGUCAGAUUCAAACUAUAGCCCUUAUUCAUUUAACCAUAGACAAGAGUCCAGAGAUGAAUUGAUACGUAACAACAACAACAACCACAAUAAAAACAUGGUUAUGUUUUCAUCGAUGGUGGACUACACCGAAUCCGCUAUAGUUCCAGCUGAUUCACCGCAUAGCGCAAUGAGUUUCAGUCAGAACUACACGGUGGAGGAAGAGGAGGAGGAUGAGUUGGAGUUUCUAAAGAUUUGUAAAGAGACAGGGGUUGUCCAUAUCAUGGGAAACACUGUGGUGAAAGCAAGAAAAGGAUCAUUGGUUCCAAAGAAGAUAGCCAUUAAUUAUGUUUACCGGUUUCUUGCUAAGAUGUGUAGGGCGAAUAGUGCUAUCUUACAUGUUCCACAUGAAGCCCUUUUAAACGUUGGACAAAUCUGUUAUGUUUAGCUUUUCUUUUCUUCAACUUUUGUAAAACAAUUGCUGAUAAAAGGGUAAUAAAGGAUAC